GCCUUGAAUGCAAGGAUCAAGAAUCUAAUCGAUAUCGGAUGCAGGUCUGCAUUCUGUCAAGCUUAUCUCGGGAUGUAUAGCCUAUACUUGAGCUUUUAAAAGACUGUGCAUCCUCGCAUCCGCUCUCCUCACUAAUGUCUUUACGUCAUAUGGCAGAUUCUGUGCGUCCGCGAGGCAUCUACGUCAUCCACUGUGUUGGUUCCCCCAGUAGCAUCAGUUUUCCAUCAUCAUAUCUCUCAGAAGCGCCGCCUCUCCUCGCAGUGGCCGCAAAUUUGACUCCUCGCUCAUGCCCUAAACGUGUUGCAUACAUGCGAAGGCAGGUGAGGUGUCUGGCGCGCGAUCCGCAGCGGUGAGAGAGACAGCAGCAGCGCGCGCGUAUCCCCGCGGACAACGCUUAAUAUGACCGAACUGGUGGUGCGGACCCUUCCGUCUCCUUCAGGUGUGCAGGGUCCCGGCCCGGACACUUAUAAAGGAUGGCUCUUUAAAUGGACCAACUACCUGAAGGGCUACCAGCGCCGGUGGUUCGUCCUGAGUAACGGCCUCCUGUCUUAUUACAGGUACGUGCACUGCGUUUCAGUUGAUGCGCACGAGGAGCGCUCGAGACUCUCGGCGCGCGUGACUUUGCUGUGUCACCCCUUUCACCGGCCACGGACUCAAGCAGAAAUGGCACACACCUGUCGAGGCACGAUUACCUUGGCGACGGUGCACAUAGAGAUUGGCGACACCUAUCACUUCGUGUUGACAAGUGGGGGGCGGAGCUACCACCUGAAGGCCUAUACAGAGGGGGAGUGUCAGCGCUGGGUUUCUGCUCUGCAACAGGCCAAAGCAAACGCCACUCAAAUGAUGCCCCAUUCAGAUGACUCUGGUGAUGAGGGCCCACUAGCCCAGCCGGAUCGUGCUCUGAUCCAGGGGGCGCUCAAGACUCUGGCCAGCAAGCUUGAAGACCUCAGCACCUGCAAUGAGCUCAUAGGGAAGCACGGUGCCGCCCUCCAGCGCUCCCUCAGUGAACUAGAGGACCUGCGAACCCCCACCGACGGCGCCGAUAAACUGAAGACUGUGAACGAGCGAGCCACUCUCUUCCGCAUCACUUCCAAUGCUAUGAUCAAUGCCUGCCAGGACUUUGUGGAUCUAGCGGAGACUCACAGCCGGCGGUGGCAGCGUGUGCUGCAGUAUGAAAGGGAACAGCGCCACCACCUGGAGGAGACCAUCGAGCAGCUAGCCAAACAGCACAACAAUCUGGAGAGAGCCUGGAGGGAAGCGCCCAGUACACACAAUAAAGUGGCGGAACGAACACCGGAGGGGGAAUCCAGUGAAGAGAAUGAAGACAUAGAGUUCUUUGAUGCCAUGGAAGAUUCUCCAGCCUUCAUCACAGUGCCUGCAGAAGAUCACUCACAGCACAGACACUUGAGCAGUAACCAGAGCGUGACAAGUGGAAGUUUAUCCAGUAAUUGGAGCCAGGGCGACAAUGACAGUUCUGGUAGCUACUUGCGCAGGGGCAGACGCUGUCGCAUCCCAGAUAAGCCCAACUACUCCCUGAACCUGUGGAGCAUCAUGAAGAACUGCAUUGGCAAGGAGCUCUCCAAGAUCCCCAUGCCUGUGAACUUCAACGAGCCGCUGUCGAUGCUGCAGCGUUUGACGGAGGAUCUUGAAUACAGCGAGCUCCUGGACCGGGCGGCACGCUGCGACUCCUCUCUGGAGCAGAUGUGUCUGGUUUCCGCCUUCUCCGUCUCGUCCUAUUCAACCACCAUCCACCGCACUGGGAAACCCUUCAACCCUCUGCUGGGAGAGACCUAUGAGCUGGACCGCGUGGAGGAGUACGGAUACCGCUCCAUUUGUGAACAGAUAAAUCAUCACCCACCGGCGGCUGCCCAUCAUGUGAUAUCGCAGCGAGGCUGGACCCUGUGGCAGGAGAUCACCAUCGACAGCAAAUUUCGUGGCAAAUACAUCUCCAUCAUGCCACUAGGCAACAUUCACCUUAAGUUCCAUGCCAGUGGGAAUCACUAUGUGUGGAGCAAGGUGACCUCCACUGUGCACAACAUCAUCGUGGGCAAACUAUGGAUUGACCAAUCUGGGGACAUUAUAAUAGUGAACCACAGGAGCAAGGACACGUGCCACCUCAAAUUCUCCCCUUACAGCUAUUUUUCCAGGGAUGUUCCCCGCAAGGUAACAGGCGUUGUGACGGACGGGGAAGGAAGCGCACACUACAUUCUCUCUGGAACGUGGGAUGAUAAAAUGGAAAGUGCAAAGAUCAUAGAGAGCAGCCACGGCUGUGGAGGAUCUGAGGGAAAGCAGAAAACUGUCUAUCAGACUCGACCACCACAACUACUGUGGAAAAAAUACUCUCUCCCCGAGAAUGCCGAGAACAUGCAUUUCUUCUCUUCUCUGGCCUUGACUCUGAACGAGCCUGAGGAUGGUGUGGCUCCUACUGACAGCCGUCUACGGCCCGACCAGCGGCUGAUGGAGGCGGGUUUGUGGGACGAAGCUAACGCUGAGAAACAGCGUCUGGAGGAGCGUCAGCGACUGGAGAGGAGGAAGAGAGAGGCGCAGGCCAACCUCGCACUAGAAGAAGGCAAGACAGAACCACAAACACUCAUACCGUUUCAAUAUACAGUACAUACAGUGCAGUAAAGCUGUAGGCUAGUAUUCUUUUAUCUCAAUAAAGAUGUUUUGUCCUGGAUUUGACAGGUAAAGAAGCGGAGAGGUACCAGCCAAUGUGGUUUGAGAAAAGGACUGACACAGAGACAGGUGAGAGCAGCUUCGUGUACAGAGGAGGCUACUGGGAAGCCAAAGACAGACAAGACUGGAAUCAGUGCUCUGACAUCUUUUGAGGCCUCUCUUCCACCAGGACCAGCUUGUCUUUCCGAAUCAUCUUUCCCAUUCCAAGGAGUUUCAAAGAUGUGGAAUAUACUGAUUCUGUUCAGUCUCUACUAAGGCACCCACAUGUAUAUAAAUAUAUAUCUUAAUUUGGAGUGUAUUCAUGGGGGCAUUGGGACACCUGUAUCGUAGCAGGGAAAAUUCACAUUGCAAGGGG